AUGCCCAGUCAAGGCAGCAGAGACCAUGGGUUGGGCGAGGCCUCCUCGUUACGGCAGGGUGGAACUUCUGGAAGUGCUCCUCGAGACCAAAUUCAAGCACGCAGUGUUUCGCUCCAACCUGCCCAGCCCUUCCCACCAGAAGAUCGAAGUUAUCCUGCAGAACCGUACGUCCCAAGCCUUCGCCACCAGCCUAUAGUCCCUCCGAGCCCGAACCGCGGAAGAAACUCAACAAUCGGCCUUGAAGCCCUCACCGCAGUAGUAGAAGUCGCUCAGACAAACCCUGCCAGCCUUGAUGCGCUCACGGCAGUAGCAGCUCCUCGGGACGAUACUGCUGGCCUUGACGCAGUAUCCAAAGCAGCUGCAGUUUAUCAAAACCCAAUCGCCUCAAACCAAGAAGAGAUCGCUGCCCUAGCUGCUGUUCGAGCGGCGAGGAGAGAGCUCGUCAGUCAUCGUGUCAUACCUGAGCCUCAGGAGAGAGCUCAGCCUUCCCGAGCGAUGCGGCAGGACGCAGCGUCUAUGCCACCAUCACCUGCACCGGCUGCGGCUCCAAGCACCCGCAAUCCUCGUGCUCCCAGGAGUCAGGCUACAUUUGGGCGAAUGACUACCGAUGGGGAGUAUACCGGGCUGGAUGAGCAGCGGGGCACAGAUGCCAGUUCUCACGCGGAGGACAGCUACAGCAAGCGAGUAAUGACUCUAGUCAUUACCCCAAGUGAAGGGUAUUUAAGAGCCUCGAAAGACUGCAAAUUUAGGGAAUCCGAGCCACCAUACGACUCAUCGGCAUUGAUUGCCAACUGCUCCAACUACAGCGAAACCCGCGUAUCAGACAAGACCUCGUCGCUGCUAUGUCUCGCCGAGGAAACUGACCUCAAGGCUCAGGCCGGGGCUCGAGCUCACGGAAUCCUGACCAGGACGAAGAUUCCCCACCCAAUACCGCACCCUGGCCAGCAGCCACCCCCAGCAGGAAAUUUCGACCGGAUUGCUUCAGUACCCUCAGGGCAGGCUAACAGCGCAGCACGCCCAAGCCGAAGACGGUCUGAAAACUACUACCCCAUGCAGGCGGCCCCAAGCGCUCAACCUUCAGGAUAUCAACAGGCUCCUCCGCCUAACACAAAUGCGUCAAAUGCUGGUAUCAAUAAUCCUAUGCCGGUCCACAGUCCCGCACUCGGCUCAGGGGCUGGAAACAGGAUCGAAGUAGCGGAAUCAUACCGAGUCCCAGGAGGUGUACCUACAUUCGAUGCGACGCCUUUCGUUCCUCCACCACCCGAUCAACGUACUAGAGUUAUAGGAACAUUAUCGCCGCGGCAGCGUGGACCGCCUCCUCGACCUCAUCCACCUCUCUCAAGUCCUUUCGGCGUGCUAUCGAGCUUUGAUGGCCAAUACGUGAACACUGGAAUCGUUCGAGAUGCGGAUGGAGGAACAUACCCCGGAGACACUCCACCAAGUCACACAAGUGGAUACAUGCGGAGGCGAAGAGACUCCCACGAUGACGAUGAUGAUGAUGAGUAG